AUGGCAGUCCAGCUACGUUCCUUUCCCUCCCAGUCCUCGGACGACGUACGGUUAGACGACUAUCUAGACGACAAGCUCCAGUCGACCGUGGACCUCGAUAACCUCGACGAGCUCCUCGCCAGCGUCGAAGAGCAGCACGUCCAGCUCCAGUCCCAACUCGACGACGCCUCCCACGCCCUCGAGGUCGCCCGUCAGUCUGCCGACCAACGGCAGGCCUCGCUGCAGAAACAGAUCGACGACUUUCAGUCACUGCAGCGCAGCAUCGACGUCCGCCUGCAGAUCGUCUCGAGCUCUGACGCACCUGAUGAGGCCAUCCGCAGACUCGAGGGCCCCAUGCACAAGCUGCAGAAGGUGGACCUGGCGCAUAAAUACCUGCUGUUGCUGCAGGAUGUUGAGAAUCUGAGGACCGAGGCGCGAAGCCACCUGCCAAAGAGCCCAAAGGCCGCGCUUGAGCCAUACACCAGGUUGAAGCAGCUGGCGCAAUACCUGCACGAGCUGCAGGCCCCAGCUGACUAUGCGGCUACGCACUUGGUGAAUCAUGUCGCUGGGAUCGCGGAGAGUCUCUGGGACGAGAUGAAGAGGACCAUGUGGGCAGAGAUGGACGGGAUCCUCAAGAAAAGAGGCUGGCCGAAGAGGGUGGACGCACGAUCAGAAAUCGACGAGGAGUGGAGAGUGUGUUUCGAGAAGCUGGUGGACCUGCAGAUCCCAGAGGUUCUCUAUUCGGACGGUGUGGUCACGCUCCUGCCCAUCGACGUGAUGGCGCAGAACUGGACCAAGGAAUUCCGCUACCAUUUCAUGAGCCGCGACAAGCCCACGAGCAAGCCGCAGGUCAUCGGGGCUCAGUGUUUCCCGUGGAUUACUGCCCUCUUGGAGGAGUGGGAUGACUUCAUGCGUGACAACUUUGGGUUCAUCCUCGCAACAAAGUUCAGCGACACGGCAGCGGCCAACAAGAUGGUUUAUAUGGACCCAACGUGCGCCCUCAUUACCUCAUUGCUGCCUGUUAUCAGGGAGAAAGUCAACUCGGCCGUGGAGGUGGCCCUGAAGGAUCCAGUGUUUUUGAGCAGCCUGAUGUCGCAGCUGAUGACCUUUGACGAUACUUUGCGAUCGAGAUUCAACUACGAUGGAGGCGACCUCGAGCGAGGCUGGGGUGGCCUCGCCACUGAGGUGCUGGACAAACACUUUGACAAGUGGCUUGAAGCAGAGAAGACUUUUGCCCUGGAGAGGUACAAAGGGAUCAUGGCCACACCAGACGCUGGUCAGAUUGACUACGAGUACAACGGUCCCGGAAAGACCAAACCGACGUACGGUGCUGUCCGCGUUACAGAUCUCCUGCGCUCCGUGACGACUCAAUAUGAGCGGGUUAGAAGGUUCUCCCACAAGUUGCGCUUCCUGAUCGAAAUCCAGCUGGAAAUAUUGGACUCGUACCAUGACCGCUUGAAUGGAUCCCUAGGUGCCUACAAGGCUAUGACAUCCACUGCCGGCAAGAUGGUAUACGGGGCCACUAAAGAGCAAUUAGCAGCCUUGGAGGGCACCGGGACAUUCGAGACUCUUUGCAGGGUCUUCGGCAGCACAGAUCAUGUCGUCAACGCUCUCAAGGACUGGAGCAACGAGGAGUUCUUUGUAGACUUGUGGGACCGGCUGCAGGCCAGGGCCACAAAGUCUGACGACCAGAACAACCUCGCGGGUGGCAUGAGUCACGACGAAGUCAAGGGCCGGACGUCACAGACGGUCGGGACAGGCGAGGACGGCGGCAUUCUGUUCGACGAGACUAUCAAGGCUUACACAGAGCGGCGGACGGCCGCGCAGGACCUGCUGACCGAAGCCGUCAUCAGGUCGCACGCGGACGCCUUCCGCGCCUACAUCCACCGGGCCCAGUGGACCGUCGUCAGCGAGGACACAGCCGCCAUCGACCCAUACCAGCUGGCCAUCACGGCUGAGCUAGACGAGCCACUGCGCAUAAUCAAGCGUAACUUCGACUUCCUCACACACGCUGUCAGCGCCGCCGUCGUGCGCCGCGUCAUCCGCAAGGCCCUGGACAGCCUGCAGGACACGCUUUGGGGCGAUGUCCUGCGCAAGAACAAGUUUACGGCCCUGGGCGCCGCUCAGUUCAUGCGUGACCUGCACGCUGUGUUUGCCAUGGUGGACCGCUACGUCCCCAAUGCUUCGGAGGCCAUGGCCACGCUCGCGGACGCGGUCAAGCUGCUCAACCUGCCCGUGGAAGCCGAGGAGGGCUUCAUGUCUCUCAAGCAGGCCAGCGACCGCGUGUUCACAGACAAUUCCGAGGCGAGGAAGGUGAUUGAGGAGCUUGGGGUCGACACGCUUGAGCCUGGGAAUGCUAGGAUGAUCUUGCAGAGGCGCGUCGAAAAUAGUGACUAG